AUGCAAGCAAUACAGAUCUGCCUGACACUUCCCUGGGCCACCGAUGCCGAAAGUUUCCAUCUCUUUCUCGGCAGCGAGAGCAUCCGUGUGGGCUGCGCCGCAUCUGAUGCGCAGUCGGCCUCAGCCGCCUCAGUGAGAUGCCUCAUGGGGAAAAUUCUUGUCGGAGUUGGGGCAUUUGAGCUUGAGGUCUCACCAGAAGGGGCAGAGAUUUUCGUCGGUUCGAUCUUGACCGAGUCGUCUGAAGCAGUGGCCCGCUUCAGCCGGCCAUCUCGAACGAGGCUUGGCCGGGUGACUCUGCGGCUCAGGCGUGAGUGGAGAGGAACUGAUCUUGCAGACCUUGCUCGCCCGGGUGUGGGCCCGUGGGAUGUGCUUUUUCCCUUAGCCACGCCGAACGGACAUUUACAGCUGCAGGCAUCGCCGUUUGGAGGCUUGAGCCGAGGUGCCGUGGGAGCCCGGGUGUGGCCUUGUUCCCUUUUGGUGGCUGCGUACAUCCGGAGGCUCUAUGCAUACAAAGGGCUGCAAGUUCAACUUUUGGAGCUGGGAAGUGGGAGCGGACUUUGUGGUCUUGUUGCAGCAGCACAUGGGGCCACUGUCGUGCUCUCGGAUGGUGACCCACGUGUGCUGCCAUUGCUACACCGGAACGUCGCAGACUACGUGCGGCGGCACGAGGGACCAAGGCCACACGUGCUCCGCUUAGACUUCUCCAGUGCGGCGGAUGUCGAAGCGGCGAUCGAAAAAUAUGGUCGCUUUGACGUCGUCAUAGCAUCGGACGUCCUCUAUGAACAUCGAUUAGUCUCACCUUUCUUUCGUUCUGCUGCGGAGUUGCUGCGGUCUCAAGAUCCUGACACAAGAUGCCUUACCAGCCCUACCAUCCUGGUAGCGGUUGAGCUACGGCCCUGUGGAGUGGACUUGGCGGUGGCCAUGCAGGAGGAAGGACAGCAUCAUGGCUAUGCUGUCAAGGAUGUGACAAACGAGAUGCAGCUGUGGGUUCUUACCCUACCCGAUGAACUGCAAGUCCCUCCCUUGGAGGAGAGACACAGGCUUUACAUGGUAAGCUCUUUGGCUAGAUCCAAAGAAGCUCCAGAGCUUGUGCAAACAGCGCAACCAGUGCCAGGAAAAGCCUUGAGGCUUCAGGCGCAUCAGCCUUGGGAAGACCAGGGCACCAGCGAGUGGUACUCGCGCUCAUUGGGGUAUUGGUCGCAACAGGAGGCAACCUGUGCUGGCGUGCUGGGUGGGCAUCCCGAGACUUCGCAGCAGGAUCUGGCAGCGUCGGAGGCUUUCCUCAAAGCAUUGCAGCCGCGGACAUUCGAAGUGGCCCUGGAGUGUGGGGCGGGUAUCGGCCGAAUCACGGAAGGCUUGCUUCUGACAAAGUGCAAGAAGGUUGACCUUCUGGAGCCCAGUACCCAACUACUCGAGGAAGCUCGGGGUCGCCUCAAAAGCUGUCGUCUUCUUGGCUCAGCAAGACACUUCUUGGAGCGGUCGCUUCAGGAUGUGGGGGAGCUGCCCGAUCGUUAUGACCUGAUCUGGGUUCAGUGGGUUCUGCUGUAUCUGACGGAUAGCGACGUGAUCACGGCCUUGGGCCGCCUGCGCGAUGCGCUUCGCCCUGAUGGCCUGAUUGUCGUAAAGGAGAACUGCCUGCUGAACAACUCGCCAGGGCUUGUUGAUGAGCGGGAUGCAUCGAUCACGCGAUCCGAUCGGUGCAUGAAGGACCUCUUCGCUCAAGCAGGCCUAGAGCUGAUUGCCGCGGAGAGGCAGAAGGAGUGGCCCAUGAAUUUGCUUCCUGUCAUGAUGUUCGCUCUGAGGUCAGCUUUGCUACGGCAGCUCUCCGAUCCCCUUGCCGUUUGCACAGGUAUUGAGUACGCAAACGGGACUACGCCUGACAUGGGAACUCCCAAGUACUACCGUCUGGACUUGGCCAAGCUGGAGGGGCUCUUCAGACCAGAGGAGUGGUGCGAACAUUGCCAGACUGCUGGCCCAGAAGGCUUCCCCAGCCGGUCACUGCGUGCUCGCUUGGCUCCGCCGCUGUCACUGUUGGUGCACUUCGAGAGGAUCUGCGGCACGCUGCUUUACAUCAACAUCAGCGGUGCGGCCGGCGUUUGGGUAGCACUGGCGCUGCUUUGUCAUGCUCGCGGGUGGCCUCGGUGUGCACGGCUGCUGAUACUCUACACUUUGCUUCCCUUUGCCUCAUGGGCUGUCCUUUGUCGGAUCUUCAAGAGAUCCAGGGAUGAACGUUAUGACUUCCCAUACAGGAAUCAGCACAGCUACUUGUACAUGAAGUAUGUUUGGCCGGCCGAGCUACAUCCACCCAUCCGGAAGAUCAAGGCGCCUUUGAUCUUUUGUAUCGUUCCACAUGGCGUUCUGCCCUUUGGCAUCGACUAUGCCACGAUCGACAAGCUAGGCGGCGGCCGAUGCAGCUGGGUAGCCGCCCCCAUCUUGUUCAAGCUGCCCUUCAUCCGCAGUUACCUGAAGCGAGCCGGCGUCAUGCCGGCCAAGGCCCAGCACAUCCGGGCCACGCUCGCCAGAUCCGAAAAUGUUGGGGUGGUCCUUGAUGGGGUGGCCGGCAUCUUCCAGCCCAGGGCAGAGAAGCAGGAGGCGGCGUGGCUUCUGCAGCGCAAGGGCAUUGUCAAGCUGGCCCUGGAGACUGGCGCUUCUCUGGUGCCAAUCUACGGCUUUGGCCACACAUCGCUUCUGAGCCCAAUCCUGGAUCCUUUCCGUUUCCUCGAGCGGCUCUCCAUCGCCCUGGACGUGUCCCUGGUGCCCUUUGUCGGACGCUGGGGCUGGCCGAUGGGCCCUGCGCGGCGCGUCCCUGUGGUGAUGGCAGCUGGCCAGCCGGUCGACUGUCCCAAGACGAGCGAGCCAAAGCAGAGCGAGAUCGACUUGUACCACACGCUCCUGCUGGACAGCUUCAAGGACACCUUCAACACGCACAAAGCUGCAUAUGGGUGGCAGCACAAGACCUUGAUGCUCCGUGCCGCCUUGGUGCGCGAAGUUGGCAGGAGACGUGGGCUGACGAGGGCGAACGACCGAUCCUGCACCACAGCUGCAAUCUCGGCCUUGGCCGAGCCCUGCACCACGUGCAGCAGCGAGCUGUGGCUCGAAAGCGAGGUAAGCGUCGCCAGCGUACCGCGCCAGAAGGUGCGGAUCUCCAGGCAAAGGCUCUUGGACAGUGCCGUGAAGGUCAUGAACCUCUAUUCGGCAGGGAAUGCUUUGUUGGAGAUCGAGUACGCGGGGGAGGUGGGAACCGGCUCCGGCCCGACCCUCGAGUUCUAUGCCCAGGUGGCGGAGAAUCUGAGGACUCUACAGCCACAGCUCUUCCGCACCAGCACACCUGGGGGCAUGCUGUACCCGCAGCCCUACGAUCCCCACUGGCUUCGCAGAGCUGACGAACAGGGCUCUCAGCAGAUCCUGGAGCGCUUCAGGCUGUUGGGCCAGGUUGUUGCGAAGUGCAUCAUCGACAAUCGUCUGGUGGACAUCCAGCUGCAUCCUGCAUUUUGGCGGUCCGUGCUCGGAGGUGCGCCCCUGUCCCAGCAAUGGCUGCGGUCAGUUGACCCCGAGUUGUACUCCUCGCUGGAGAACAUUCGCAACAUGGAUGGCGAUAAGCUUGAGGGGCUGUGCAUCGACUUCACCAUGCCAGGCCAAGCUAGCGUCGAGCUGAAGCCCGGAGGAGCUGGGUUCAGUCUGAACAGCUCCAAUCGGGAGGAGUAUCUACGUCGUGUUGCAGAGGUGGCGCUGGUUGAGGCAGUAGCGCCCCAAAUCAAUGCCUUCAGAACGGCGUUCAAAGAACUCUUGCCGCUGGAGACAUGCCGCAUCUGGUCAGAACAGGAGCUUUCUUUCAUCAUCGUUGGCUCCUCCGUCCAAGAGGAUGCUUUCUGGAGCCUGGACCAUCUUGCAGCGAACAUCAAGGCCUUCAGUGCCUGCUUGCCCAAAACUUCUGGCUCCGGUCGCAAGUCGGCCAGGCACAGCAUGGCUACACGGCCGACUCCAGGCAAGCUGUCAUGCUGCAACACAUGGAUACUGAAGUUGCUGUCCGCAAAGAACCUGCCUCGUCAGGUGCUUUAA